CGCAUGCGCAACAUGUCACACUUUUUCUUGGACGUAGAGAGGCAUAUUUAGCUUACUCUUAUUACAUAUAAGGAUUACUGCCUAGUUUAAGGUUUUUAUUUGUUGCCGUUUUUCUGAUGUUGGACUCCGUUUGGACUGUCAACUAAUGCGUAUCUGAUUGAGUGACAAAUAUUCAACAGAAAAAAAGUUUAAAGACAGCUAAUAGCGUACUAGCUUAGCCUGCUGUAGGAAACAGUGGCAGCAUGGCAGCUGUGUUGGGGCUCAUCGCUGGCAGCUACGAGCAGAUCACAUUUGGUUAUCAAGUAUAUACUGGUGAAAAAGAAUGGACAGCCAAAGCUGAUUUCACACAUCAUGCUCACACUGCUUCAGUGUCAGCUGUUGCAGCCAGUGAGAGGUUUGUGGUCACAGGAAGCAAAGAUGAGACCAUCCAGUUGUAUGAUAUGAAGAAGAAAACCGAUUAUGGGGCUCUGCUUCAUCAUGAUGGCACCAUCACUUGCCUUGAGUUUUACGGGGCAUCUCACUUACUGAGCGGAGGAGAGGAUGGACUUCUGUGUGUGUGGAGUACAAAGAAAUGGGAAUGUCUGAAAUCCAUUAAAGCUCACAAAGGUCAUGUCACAUCUCUAUCCGUCCAUCCUUCUGGGAAACUUGCACUGUCAGUUGGGACAGAUAAGACUUUGAGAACCUGGAAUCUCACUAAUGGAAGAUCAGCUUUUAUCAAAAAUAUCAAACAGAAUGCAACCAUUGUCAGAUGGUCUCCAAAUGGAGAAAGAUAUGUGGUAGUGGUGAAUGAUAAAGUGGAUAUCUACAAGUUGGAGACAGCCUCUGUGACAGGAACAGUCACAAACCCAAAGAGGAUCUCAUCUCUUACGUUUUUAAAUAACACCGUCAUGGCCGUAGCAGGAGACGAUGAAACUGUGAGAUUAUGUGAUGUGGAAAAGGCUGAAUGGGUGUGUGAGUUUAAGGCUCAUGAAACCCGAGUGAAAGCAGUUGAUAGUUUGAUUAUGGAGCAUUACUGCGUGCUGGUGACUGCUUCAAAUGAUGGUUUCAUCAAAAUGUGGAAAGUCCAUCUUAAAGAGGAGCUGGAAUCUCCCACCUUUUUAGGGGAGGUGAACACAACAGCCAGAUUGACAUGUCUUGCUGUGUGGAAACCUUUAGUGGUGCAGCAAAUUGCUGAGAAACCAGCACCUGAGGCUACAACAUCUAAAGAGCUUUCUCAGGAACUUGCAAGGACAAAGAGAGUCCGAAUUGCAGCAGAAGAAGUAAUUCUGGAGGAUGAGAGUAAACCCAAGAAGAAGAAAAAGGAUGGAGGAAAAUAAAGUUUGGGCUCUAUAAUAAAGCAUCCUGUGUGUUUAAUUAUUCACAAACUGUUACACAAAUCAGACAAAACAUUAUGCCCCCUUGCCUUAUUCUAAGUAGGUCCACCUCAUGUUGAAGAAUCAAUAAAUAACAUCUAUGUGUGUUUUCGAGUUUCUGGUACUUGGACACAAGCAAUAAAAAAUACUUUGGACAGUUUGGGGUGGGGUCUUUGUAAUAAGGGCUUGUUUCCCACAGAUUCCAUUAGAUUGAUAUUUCAGAAGUUGUAGGUGAAUGAACACUUGAACAGUUCUCCAACAGAAGAUUGUAUUUUAACAAGGAGAGUCAUACGUUCUCUUUCAUAAUGUUGGUGUGUCAACUUACUCUGUCAUGCUUA